AUGAUGAAGUCUAUUGUCCUUUACCAGACGAGCAUACUCCAUCGAUCAAUGGCAUCCAAAGAGCUUGCCCCUUCGAAGACACCAUUUUUUCCCAAUCAUUUCAUCCGGAACCAAUUUGGAACCAAGCCACAAUUUCCUCCCGAAACUACCAAUCUAUCUGGUAGAGUUGCCAUUGUCACGGGCUCAAACACCGGUCUUGGCCUCGAAUGCGCCAGACAGUUGCUUUCCUACAAGCUCUCUCGGCUCAUUCUAGCUGUUCGAUCUGUGAAAAAGGGCGAAGAUGCUGCUUCUGGACUUACAAGCCAGUACCCGAAUGCCGUCAUCGAAGUUUGGCAAUUCGAAAUGACCUCGUACGAUUCUAUUCGCGCGUUAGCAGCGCGUGUAGGAAAACUGUCACGGCUCGACAUGGCAAUCUUGAAUGCUGGCGUAGGCUUCCACGACUUCAAGAUUGUUCCCAGUACCGGCCACGAAGAAACCAUUCAAGUCAACUACCUGUCCACUAUGCUCCUUGCAGUCUUACUUCUUCCGAGCCUGAAGACAAAAUCUCCUACUGGCCCAGGGAGGUUGACCAUCAGCACAGCUAUGCUUUCCAUGACUGCCAAGUUUCCCAACAAACAUGAGGACCCACUCCUUCCCUCGUUCGACGAUAAGAGAUACUUCGACGCCUCAGAUAUUUACGCAACAUCGAAAUUACUGGGACAAAUGUUUGUUUGGAAACUCACCGACUUGGUGACUGCUGAAGAAGUGGUUGUGAACAUGGUCGAGCCUGGAUUUGUAAAGGGAACCGACCUUCACAAAGAUAGACCAUUUGGUACAAGAGCUCUUCUCGGUUUGUUCAAGGCUGCGGCGGCUAGAACUGUUCAAGUUGGUGCUUCGGCAUAUGUCGACGCUUGCGCAGUGAAAAGCAAGGAAUCUCACGGAUGUAUCCUGACAAAUUGGGAAAUUGCGCCGUAA